GCUUCGCAGUAAAUGGAAUAAUUUUGUGAAAGAACUGUGUUUGUAAUGACGUGACAAUAAGUACUCAAACAAUAAUUAAUAUGAUAAUAAUCAGCUUAUCAUGUUCUUGAUUCUGUCUCUGUUCCUGUCUAUCAAUUUCAGUUAACAUAACUUUUUUAGAAUGGUUUGUUGUUUUGAUGUCUCUUAGUGAUGGCCAGAACUAGUUGAUAACUUCAGAGCCUUUGGAAAUGUUUUUUUAUGACUCUCUGAUAAUCCGAGUUUUUCCUCUUACUCGUCGAAUUUCAAGCCAACAUGACGCAGCUAAUAUCCGAAGAAAUCACAGCAUCAUACAUAAAAACCAUAGAAUGGGAAAUGCUGGAUAAAACCAAAUUUUUCCCGCUAAGCAUGCUCAGCUCAUUUAGCGUUCGGUGUAGUUUGUAUCCUUUGACUCUAAUCAAAACCAGGCUGCAGCUUCAAAAACAUGACCAAGUGUACGGAGGUCUCAUAGAUGCAUUUAGUAAAAUAUAUAAGUCAGAAGGUAUCGGUGGCCUUUACCGAGGAUUUUGGGUGAGUUCAGUGCAGAUAUUGUCUGGAGUUGGUUACAUUGCUACUUACGAAGGUGCCCGGUAUACUGUGAGUCAGUACAACCCAACCAAUGCUGUUAAAUCCUUUGCGGCUGGUGCAGCUGCUGCCCUAGUCAGUCAAACUAUCAUAGUGCCAUUCGAUGUCAUUAGUCAACAUCUGAUGGUGCUCGGACUAGUCUCUCAACAAUCACAACCUCAAAAGAAGAUGAUUUUAAGCCCCCUCGGAAUGACGAUAGACCCAGCAAAAUCCAAAUUUCGGACAACACUUGAUAUCGGACUGUUCAUUUACAAAACUGAUGGUAUGAGAGGAUUCUACAGGGGCUACUUUGCUUCCAUCUGCACUUAUGUACCCAAUAGCGCUCUUUGGUGGACUUUUUAUCACUUCUAUCAAGAUGAAAUGAAUAAAAUACUGCCUGACCAUGUGUCUCGUCUUCUAAUACAGUGUGUAGCAGGAACUUUGGGUGGAUUCACGACCACAUUGAUAACGAAUCCAAUGGACAUCAUUCGAGCCCGUCUUCAGGUACAAAGGACUAAUUCAAUGUUGACUACCUCAAGAAAUCUGUGGAAGGAAGAGGGAAUACGCAUUUUUUCCAAAGGUCUUUCAGCACGACUCAUUCAGUCCACCAUGUUCAGUUUCUCAAUCAUCCUAGGUUACGAAACGAUCAAACGGAUAAGCGUUCAUCCAGAGUUCAAAGACCUAGUUCGAUGGUAACUGCUUUAACUUUGCUCUACUAGAGUUUGUAAAUCAGUCAUAGUAAUGGUCGUCAGGCAGUCACAAGCUCGUUUCAACCACAAAUUCUGAAUUUAGACUGAACUUAACCAAGUCAUCUCUCAUCAAAUUCUCUUUGAAAUUGAAAAAUGCUUUUUUCAAGUAAGGCCAUGAAUGAUCAUUGAGAACGUUAUGAGACCCUCUGUAGGUGCUUAAAUCGUACCGUUCAGCCAGGUCUCUGUUACCCGGCAAACUUUGCUAUUAUCAGGGUACAAAUUUUGACUAUAUAAUCUUUUACAAUUUUUUGGAUACCCUAGGAGACUUAUGACCUCAUUAAAACAGGCUUGCUCUGAGAGGAACUUCAUGAUAUGGAAAGGGACUUCGUAAGAAUCAAGGAGGAAAAAUUGUUAUCAGUAAGUCUAAUUAAUUGAGUCUCUAGCAACCUGAACAACACAAGGAACAUCAUAAAAUCUUCAAGGCAUCCUAACAAAACUGAUAAAAGUUUAAUAUUUGUAUACAUUUUUGUAAGUAAACCUUUUUCAAGGUUUGCCAGAUUUUUAUAGCCAAUUUUUCUCUCUUGAAAUGAAUUGUAAGAGGCCAUGGAAAGAUCUUCUUUUUUGAUAGCAACCCAGAACUAAGAUUUAAUUUUGAAAUUUUGGCUCUAAAGCCUUUGAGGAUCGUUCUCCCUUCCUUGUCAGUGUAAUUAAGUCAUGCCUGUAAGUGUUUAUGAACUCUGGAUUCUUAUUUUUGCCCGAUGUCCCUGACUUGAUGUAACUCAAAGAUUGUGAUUGAUCCUUUGAUUUCCUCUAAGUCCCUCUAAAAAAUGUUUCUUAAGCAGAUUCAGUCUGAUGUUCUUAAAUUUUAAGAAAUAUUUUGAGAUGCAGAUGACUUUUAUUAACGUCAUGUAGAUUCUAAGUAAGUCGGUGAAAAUUUGACUCUAAAAAAAUUGUUUAGCGGAGAGAGUACUCUUCAGGGUGAGGAACUUUUUUAAAGUUACCUAUUCUCAGCAUAAUUUAGCAUCAAAUUUCAAUUAGUUUCUAACUACUUCCUUGCCUUGUUUUCCAAAUGUUUUGUAUCAAUGGCCUCAUGCUCAAUCUGAAGUCAAAUAUUAAGUAAGAUGAUAUCUUUCAGAACAGUUUUAGGACUAGGAAUGUUUAAAAACUGAAAGAGGGCUCUCAAAAAUUGAAAUGCUCCAAAGGAUUUUCUUUAGAUGUGUGUGCGUCACAAGGUGGUUUCAAAAUUUCUAAGGAAAAAUCCAGAUCUGUAGAUAAAAACAGUUUGCCAAUCAAUAAAACUCCCGGGGAAAAAAAUUGAUUGGAUUUCGGAGGUAACCAGCGUACGACUUCAUUCUUGUGCUGUUUUGCUGGUCUAGCAAAAGGGUAUUAGGUGGUGUUUGUUUGGCUAUUGUUACGUGAAAUUCAUGAAAAACAUACCCAAAAAAAUGAGCUGACCAGCCAAAACUACCAUUUAAUUUGAAUAACGGUGAGAUUUGCUAGAUGCUGCCACAGCAUCUAAGUAACUCCAGAAGCUCUACUUAGGCAGGUUAAGUAUGUGGAUUUAAAUAUUUUUCUUUUCAAGCCCGAUACGGCCUUCAUAAAUUUGUGUAUACAAUUCCAUUCUUCUGAAAUCUCGAGCAUUUUUUGGGAAAAAUGGAGCAUCAAGGGUGCUCACAACUCUCAGUCUUUCCGUGGUAAAUCUUAGAUAUGGAAAUAAGGUAUCUUCUGGCAAGUCAAUAUCUGCGUUCCUACUGAAUGGACCGUAAGGCUCCUCUAGUAUUGGAUAAUAAAAUUCAUUAUGUAGUUCAAAGUUGACUCAUACCUCUACCUGAAGGAGGCCUGUCCAUUAUGUAUGUUUAGAUUAGUAGCUAAGUUAUUUUUGUUAAUAUUUCUCCUAAAGGAUUCAUUGUUAAUUUUUUACUGUAUGUUGAUAGUCUUCAAGAUGUUGUUGAAAAUUCUGCUGUGUGGGUGGAAAUUCAGGAAGAAGGUUAAAAAUGCUGCAGUUGAAAUUUUUGCUUGGUCAGGUUGAAAGAAUUGUUUUUCUUCUUUUUAUUUAACUCAAAACUUACUUGCUUUCACUUUUGAUCAAAUCCUCAGCGUAUUUGUAAUAAAUUAGAUCUGUAUUGAUCAUCUGUGUGUGUCAAACCAAUAAGAUUCUUAACAAACAAGAUUUAAAUGUCUUUUUGUGACUGAAUUACGCAAAGUUUCGUCAAAAUAAUUGUCAUUUUCGCUUUUGGCCCUACAAAUUUUGAACUUUGAAGGGAGAUUACUAAUUUGCAUUUUUAGAUGCUAGUUAUUUUGAAAUUUAACGAUGAACCUACUCAUAUGGAAAUUGAUUAGGCUGAUUAGGACUUUUGGAGCCUCCUUAGGACAAAGUAUUAAUAUACUCCCUGAGAAAUUUUUUAAUUCUAAUUCGUUGAACAAGUUCUCUCUAAUUUUUAUUUUUAUCAGGUGAAAAUGUCGAAAAUUUUGGGAUUUGCUUUUUAUUACUUAAUUAACCUCUUAUUACUUAAAAAAAGAGUGUGAUGUGAGCGUGAGUCUUACCCAGUGAAACUAAAGUAAAGAACUGUCUAAGUUCAAUCAAUGUCAGAAGUUAUUUUGGUCGGUAUUUUCCCUCAAACUUCUGCAAUGUAAGAAGUUUUGUAAUGCAAUUACAGUCUAAUCAACCUUUCAAUAAGAUAAUAGCACAUUUGCUGAAAAAAAGGAGGAAUUUUCUCUAGAUCCCGCGUGGAACCUGUAUCCCUACUUGGGUUUUCUUUUUUGUCUCCCUCUAAUUUAAAGAAAAUUUCUCCCUCCAUUUCAGAGUUUUUGCUCCUUCCAAGUUUUUGCAUUCCAACCUGAUAAAUGAUUUCGAAUUUCUUGUGAAUUUUCAUGAAGGAAGGUUCAAAAUUCAACCGACUGGGGCUAAGAUGAUGAUUUCCUUCUUCUAGAAGAGAAAUCAGUUGAACUACCUCUUGCUACCAAAUAGGGCUUUAUUUGAUUGUUAGCAAACUUUUCUGCUCUAUUCAGAUAUUGUCUUUAUCAGUGCCAGCAUAAUUUUUCAUUAUUGUAAAUAGUUUUGAAGGGCGAUUUAUAGAGAGUGGGCAACAUGUCGUCGCCCUCUGAAGUAAGGGCGCAUCUUAAUUUUCACAUGAGCCCUGAGCUCUUUAUAAAUCUACACUUUUCAGGGCUUCUGUAGUAAUAGAGAUACCCAGGCCCUUACGUCAGAGGAGUGGCCACAUGACCACAAAGCACAUUGAUUUUUUACUUCAUGUACGAUUACUGAAUAAUUUCCCGAUCAAGUACGUUUCCUAUCAUCCUGUGUACCCCUGAAAUAUUUCCCUUAAUUCAUUUAGGCCAUGUUUGGAGCUUGUUCUGUAGGUAAAUCGACACGGAAAGGAAACAAACACUGGUUUCACACAUACUUUAAAAAUGUUGGCAAAAAAUGGAUCAAUUACGCUUAGAGGUAUCUACCUGUUUCUCCUCGUAGAAUUUCUCUUGUAAAUCCUGAAACAAAGAAAGCUAUGACAAAGCGCAGAAUCCAAAAAUUGCUUUUCAUUCGUCAAACUGAAUGGUUCAUUUUUGCGUUUGCAAACAACCGGCUUACAAAAGAGAUACUACGGAUAGUAGCUAAAAUCCACUUCCAGGCGUAAUCGAUUUGUUUUUUGGCAUUUCAAAGUGAAACAGUACUGUAGCAAAAUUUGUUUCAUAUAUUAUUUGCGCCCUUUCCAUGUACAUUCACCUUGAGAUUUACACAGCAUCAAGAUAAGUGUAUCGAUUUGACUUGUGCAGUGGGAAAAGCUGAUAAAUGUAUUCAUUGAACUUGAAAGUUAUAAUUGAGCUUUUCUGUACUACAUUGUCUUGAUGAAAUAAUGUACAAAAUUUAAAUGAAUAGAGAUUUGAAAGUAAUUUAUUUGAUCAAAGCAAAGAAUAUCAGGGGAAUUUUAUCAGCCCAUUGUGUAAAGGUGUUAAGUGUUUCUAACCCAAAUUGUGUUGCUACUGUCAAUGAGACCAGUUCAUCACUUCUGUUUCCCAUCCUAUUUCAUGUUUUCGACUUUUGGGAGUUUUUCUAGUUUUCGCAGUUCCAGGAAACUACAGAUUUAAAGUGUUUGUACUUUCUCAGGUGUUGUUCAUAUGCGCUUCAUGCAUUGAAUAUUAUGUAUCAGGAAAUUUGAUAAACAAUUGCCAUGUUACAAGAAAUACUUGUAUAACGUAGAUUAAGAAAACGGGAAACGUGCUUCCUGUUGCGGUCAAAAAUCAUACCUGCUAGAUGAACUUUAAUGAAUUAACGAUUCCUCGAGUGUUCCAGAAGAGCCAGACCUCCAGAGAAUUCAUACCCACCCUCUGAGAAGAGUCACAGGAAAAUAAAGACAAUAGCGGCAGACGAUGAUAAAGUGUGUACUCAUGUGUUGUUACAAAAAUAAGUCAAGGUUCUCAUUUCUAAGUAGCUCCUCAAAAUAUUCCAUUUGUAUGUAUUGUAAAAUCGCAGAAACCCUUUGAUCCUAUCCUCCUGCACCCUAAUUUCGAGUAUUUACUUCUCUUGUUUAUCAAUGUAUCAGACUUAAUAGGUGCGAGCUGCUUUCCUGCGGCCCGAUUAUUGAAACUAUGUCAGCCGGACACGACAAGACAUAGCCCUAUCUCAACCAUGCAAUAUAUUGCAAUUCGAUGUCUUAUCGGGCUGGUUUAAAUUUCAAUAAUCGGCCCGCUGAAGAAAAAUCAGCCCUUAUCUAUUAAUGCUAACUGAUGAGACUAGUAAAUAAUCACUCUGUUGGCUCUAUUGUAAUGUUCCGCCCAAAAGGGGCAUCCUUAUGUAAUCAAACCGUACCAUAAUCUGUAAAACUUUCAUAGAGAAGUGAGGAUUGAGUAGCUAUCCAUCUUUGUUAUAGUUGUCAUUCAAAUUUUUAUAACCUAGACCAGUAAUAAAAGAUACUGUUGGUGGUUUAAAA